AUGUACGCGAAGAUUGAGAGCAAACGACUACGAUACUUACGAUAUAAUCAACAAAAGCUGCGCGCGGAAGAGUACAUUCAUUUGCGAGACGCUAUCAACAACAACGCCGACGUCGCCGAAAUUGGUAACCAGGUCAUUUUACCAUCAUCGUACGUAGGCAGUCCACGUCAUAUGCAAGAAUAUAUACAGGAUGCUCUGACUUUCGUGCGCGAAUAUGGACGACCAUGUUUAUUUAUCACGUUCACAUGUAAUCCAAAAUGGCCAGAGAUUACAUCUUUGCUACUGCCUGGCCAAAAUGCAAUACAUCGUCAUGACAUUACAGCACGUGUGUUCAGACAAAAGUUGAAGUCUUUAAAAAGUUUCAUUACUAAAUCACAUGUAUUUGGUCCCACACGUUGCUGGAUGUAUUCGGUUGAGUGGCAAAAGCGAGGAUUACCUCAUGCACACAUUUUGGUUUGGUUCAUCGACAAAAUCCGUCCUGAAGAAAUCGAUAGUAUCAUUUCUGCGGAAAUUCCAGAUCCAUCCACUGACCAACUGCUGUUUGAUAUUGUUACAACAAACAUGAUUCAUGGUCCAUGUGAUUUUACCAAUGAUACGGUCACAAAUGUCGACGGAUACCCAAUAUAUCGUCGAAGAAAUCCUGAAAAUGGCGGACAAUCAUUUAUUAAAAAUAUCAUCAACACAGACAUUGAUAUUGACAAUCGUUGGGUGGUGCCAUAUUCGCCUCUGCUGAGCAAGACAUAUAAUGCUCAUAUUAAUGUUGAGUUCUGCAGUUCUGUGAAGAGCAUCAAAUACAUUUGCAAGUAUGUCUAUAAAGGCAGUGAUAUGGCUGUGUUUAGAGCGGAAAAUACUAAUGUGAAUGCUCCUCCAGUGAAUAAAAACGAUGAAAUAACGCCUUACCAAAUUGGUCGGUACAUCAGCUCCAAUGAAGCUGCUUGGCGUAUCUUUGGUUUUCCAAUUCAUGAACGGGAUCCAGCAGUUGUUCAGUUAGCCAUCCAUCUUGAAAACGGUCAGCGUGUAUUUUUCACGAACGAGACAGCGAUUGAUCGUGCAAUAAAUCCACCUAAAACUACACUCACUGCAUUUUUUGAAUUGUGUAAUCGUGCGGAUGAUUUUGGUGCCUUUGCACGAACAUUACUCUAUUCACAAGUACCACGCUAUUUCACAUGGACUUAA